CUUGGCGGCGGUAGUGCGCCUCUGAACUGGUUUACCAACCCUCAUUAACAACGAAGAAGAAGAAAAAGCGGAAACGUUAAAGAGAAAAAGAUCACCGAGCAGACCUUUACUGACUGUUUACCUUAAUAUGCAUCUGAUUAAAACACCAACGACUGUAUAAAAGGACACAUUAGCUAUUUCUGACUUUGUGUAACCUCUCUGUGUUGUUAAAACCAGACUUGUAAUCCGGCUGUUGUAAUGCUACAUGUAGUUAGCUCGUUAGCUUUCAGGAGGCGGUGACGGUUAAAUCUGAACAGGCCUGAAGAGUCAAAGUCCAGAUUUACCCCGAGGAGGGUUUUUUUUAAGUCUGUAAUAAGGAUUUGAAGGACUUUAAAAACAUGUCUAAAGUCCAAAAACUGAGAGUUUUAGUGAACCAGAGACUGAGUGCAGCUGCUGAAGAGAUCUUUGAGCUGUUUGAAAGAACGAUAUUAGAGUACGAGGAGAAACUCUGUGGAUCUAAAGAGAACCAACACAAACAGAUGAUCACUGACCCUCUACAGACAGCAGGUUGGUACUCUUUUAUUGAUAUAUAGUUAGUUUAUAAUGCACAGACAUCAGCUUCUAUUCUUCUUAAAUGUCUGUAACCUUGGAUUGAGUUCACUUUGUGGUCAUGGAAGAUUCUCACGAUGCUGUUUUGAACAUAAACUCAACAUUAUGAUGAGUUCUAAAAAUACAUAUAUACUGUAGAUAUCUACAGUUUACUAUAUACUGUAGGCUACUACUCUUCAAGCUGACAGGAAGACCGACUGAUCAAACUCAGGCCAGAAAAGCGUUUUCAGCUGCCCACCAAACUAGCCACCAAACAUCUUUUUAACUUUGACUAAUUUCUUUAGCAAAGAGACUAAACACAACUCACCUACUCUCUUCCAGCAGCCACUUGUUUGUAGCGAGACCUCAGGCCAAUCCAUUUGGGACUACAGCGGGGUGACGCAGCUCAAGGAAGAACAUUUACAAUAAUUUCUUUAUCAUUUCCUGAAAGUAAUAAUCACCAAAUUAAUCAUUUUUCACUGCAGAUGCUGUAGUUCUUCUGUCUAAGCGUCUCGGUCUGAUUGUAUUUUCAUAAAGAAAUGAUCAUAAAUGUUUUUCCUUGAGCUGCAUAACCCCGCUGUAGUCAGUAAAAGACUGGCCUGAGGUCUCGCUACAAACAAGCGGCUGCUGGAAGAGAGUAGGUGAGUUGUGUUUAGUCUCUUUGCUAAAGAAAUGAGUCAAAGUUACAAAGAUGUUUGGUGUCUAGUACUAUGUCUGUGACCCUAUAUGUCCUGUUGAUGAAGUUAGGUGCUGUUCUGAGCAUUAUUUGUGGCUAUAGAGUGGCGUUUUGGUUGAGUGUGUGGCUCUCUGUGUAUUGCUAUCGUGUGGUCGUUACUAAAGUUGGUAUAACUAGAGAAGCAAGCAGUCGACAACAUUCAUCUCUUUAAUCAUCAGCCCUAUUGUACUUGUCAUUAAUGAUUCAAUCAGAGUUAAUGUAAAACAUGUGGAUGGCUAAAGUAAAUCAAUAUUAGAUUAUAAUGAAUUUGUGGACUCAAGGAUUUGUACGUGACUUUCUUUUCUAAACUAUUCCAGUCCCAAUAUCUGUCAUGUAUUUUCUUUUCUGUUUUACCAACAACCUUCUCUCUCUCUCUCUCUCAUCAUUAUUAUCCUUUCCUAUAAAGUCCAGGGUUUAUUUCUUUGGUGCAGAAGCCUGUUCCUCUGUGACAAGAGAAAAAAAAAUAGCCAUCUGCUGCCACCAGCUGGACAAACACAGCGGGAUGAUAGAGGGAGAGGCAGACAGAGGCCUUGCUCGGACGAAUAUGUCGUAGCAACGAAUGGCUUGUGGCGUUUGCAGGCAUUCCAAAAAAACAGCCACAUAAAAUUUGAAAGAUUUAUACCAAAAAAGAAAUUUAACGUCCACAAAGGCUUCUUGAAAUCAAAAUCAAAUUCAAAGAUAAUGAAAUUUCUGUUUUAACUAAAACUAAUCCAACAUGUGUGGUCAAAAAAUGUAUCAAACCACAGCCUUCACCUGCCCAACACCACCAGCCGUGACGUGUGACCAUAAUCAUGUGACUAAAAUGGUGACAUCAGAAAUACCAACCAAUAAUGAAAUCAGCUGAGAUCCAACCAAACAAAAAGGACGUAAGUCAGUGUCUUUUAAAAAUGAAAUGGCUGCAACAGAAUAUAUUUGUGUACAUUUUGGCCUAAAAACUUUACUUUUGGAAAACUUCGGCCAAAGUGAAGAUUUUGGAAAACUCUGGUUUUGCGUUUUGCGUGUGGACAAAGAUAACCUAAAUUAAAAACGCUGGCUUCAGGCGGAUGGUGCGUACUUUAGAGCUGUGUUACAAGAUGCCGCAACGCGCCAACUCAGCUGAGCCCAGGAUGUAUGAAGAGGUAAAGGAGGCUGUAAAACUAUCUUUUGGUUCUGCACAGAGGGUUGCAUUAACGGGUGACGGGUGAAUAAUAUGUUUGUAUAGACAUCUUUGUUUUUACUUGAUCUAUAAAGUUCAGACAGAGAAAGGAGAAAUAAACUUCAUUUUGAGCAUGUAGGUUAAGAUGCUUUAUUGUUUGUUUUUAUUCAAGUGUGUAUAAGAGUGAACUUUAUUUUAGAUUUUCUCUUUGUGUUCCGUGACACAUUUUUGAAUUUUCAGAGUCAGUCACUAUGUACUUCUUUAUUUUGCACUUAAUUUUCCACAUACUUUUUAUCUUGGUCUGUUCAGAAACAUGUAACCUUUAGUUUGAGUCUUCCUGUUUUCCGUCUCUGUCUGCAGAUGUCCAGCAGCUGUCAGCGAGUAAAGAAGAUGAUCCCCCUGAGCAGCAGGAGAGGAACCCUGUUCUGGACCAGGAGAACCCACCUCACAUUAAAGAGGAAUGGGAGGAACUUUGGACUCCUGAGGAAGAGCAGCUCGAAGGUCCAGAGGUGGCAGAUAUCAUCAAGUUCACAUUCAGUCCCAUCCCUGUGAAAAGUGAAGAAGAAGAAGAAGAAGAGGAGAAACCUCAGCUCUCACAGCUUCAUCUAAAACAGACGAAACAAACAGGAACUGAUGGAGAGGACUUUAUGGGAUCAGAGACAGAAGGACAACCACCAACAUACGACAAAACUCUACAGUCCUUUGAAUCGGACACUGAUGACAGUGAUUGUGACUGGGAAGAGACCAAGGAGGCUCAGUCAAACCCUCUGCAGAACAGCGAGACACCUUCAGGUGAAACAGAAUUUAAACUGGAGGAUACAUCCGCCAGCUCCUCUGAAUGUGCCACACGCUUCGACCCAAAGGAACAACUACAGAAUGAAAAAGGAGUCCAAACGGAGGUGAAACCGUUUAGUUGCUCAAUUUGUGGGAAGAGAUUUCUCCGGAAAGCUUCUUUGACGAAUCACACGAGACUUCAUUCAGAGGGGAAACGUUUCAGCUGCCCCGUUUGUAAGAAAAGCUUCCAGUGGAGAGGAGAUGUUGUGGCACACAUGAGAAUCCACACAGGAGAAAAACCUUACAGCUGCUCUGUCUGCGGUAUAAAAUUUGCACAAAGCUCCACUUUGUCCUCGCACUUAAGAAUUCAUACAGGAGAGAAACCCUUCAGCUGCUUAUUUUGUAAAGCCAGCUACAGGUUCAGGAGAAGUUUGAUUAUUCACAUGAGGAGCCAUACUGGAGAGAAACCAUACUGUUGUACAGUAUGUGGCAAAGCAUUUGGCGAAAGAGGACAUAUGAGACGACACAUGGCUGUCCACACAGGAGAGAAACCAUUCAGUUGUUCCGUUUGUGGUAAAACGUUCACGUUGCACGGUAAUCUGAGACGCCACCUGACUGUUCAUACCGGGGAGAAACCGUUCGGUUGUUCGGUUUGUGGUCAGAGUUUUGCGCAACAAGUAACUCUGAGCCGACACAUGACCAUCCACACAGGAGAAAAACCUUUUAGUUGUGAUAUCUGUGAAAAAAGUUUCUCCCGACUCGAUUACGUCAAAAGUCACAAGUGUGUCGGUGAGAGCAGCAAAAGUACGUGAUGUCUCAUUUAUCGUUCUUCUUUAGGAGACAGACUCAGAUUUUAGAGGCUUUGGGCUCUAUUUUUGUGCCUUGCCGGCGACGUGGCAUAGGCGCGGCGUAAGUCAGGUUCGCCACGUCAACAAUUUUGGUGCGCCCCCGGCAGGCACCAAAAUGGAGCCCUUUAUCCACACAGAUGUCAGAUGUCUGCUGAGAGUUGUUGGUUGCUUCAGUCAGUUUUCAGGUUCAUCUAUUUGCUCAGUGAUCGUUAGGUACAAAUACAAAACACAAACAUUUCCUUCAUCAGUCCAGUAACUGAGCUGUAAAGUGGAGAAUUCUUUUUCUGUGAAAAAACAAAGAUAGUCCUGACUGUCCCGAAACAUUUCUGCCUUUUGUUUUGAUUUUCAUACUCUGCACUGGUGCUUUGUAAAUGAAAGUACUCAUAUGACACGUGAGUACGUGUUUGAAACUUGUAAAUGUACAUAUUUCUCAUUUUUUUACUGACCCACUUCAAAGAGCUUCUUAGGAGUUUUAUCUGGUUAUAAAACCACCAAAAUGUUUAUUACUGAUGUGACUUUAUGAGCUACGAAAACAAACAGCACUAUUAGAGAAGGGAUCGAAUACUUUGUUCUCAUGAAUUUUUAAUGUUUAAUAGUAAUACUGAUGCUCAACAGUACCAGUGUUUUUAACAGCAGCCAAAAAUAGGGAUGAGAUUUUUUGAUGGUAAUGAACUCACACACAAACAGGACAAGGACAGCAACAAGAUAAGAGAUCAUGCGCAGUCCAAAAGAUGCCAAAAUCAACACAAAGUCAAAGAUCCUCCUGUUUGUAUAACAGAUUCAAACACUGGUGGAGUUUGUCCUCUACCAAACUAAAAUGUUUUUUUUUUUAAAGUUGACCCAAUCUCUAAAUGUAUAUAACUGUCUGUGAGUUCAUAAUAAUCAGCUCAGUUUGCAGUUUGUAAAGCUCUCCUCUUUAAAAAAAGAGACUCUGGUUGUUUUUAUUUGUCUUUUAAACUCCGGACAUUAAACAGAGUAUGAAACUGUCACAGAAACUGGUACAGACCUGUGUGUGCAGACUUCUCUAUCCACUUCAGAUAAUCUGUGACAGGAUGACUUAUUGUAAAUCUGUUUAAUGGCACACGACGUUUGUUUUAUGUACUAUAUUUAUAUAUAUACAUCAGUGGAAAUACAUGUAAAUAACCUUUCUGCACAGGUUAUAUUUACAUGUCACCUUUCAUCCAAACAGAAACCUAAACAAGAACAGCUGUUUGGAGGUAAAGACUCUGUUGUUACCUGAAACUCUGUCAAAACUGUAUUUUGUUCUUUCUUUCAGUGAUAUGUGCAUUAGACCAAUAAACUGAAUGUGGAGCGAA